CCACAGAUGUCGUUCUUACAGACACCCAGGCUCUUGUAUGGCAAAAGGCAUGGAGGAGAUCCCUGGAGGAGCUGAGAGCCAGAUACCAGGGCGGACGCAGAUCCAAGAAGCAAAGACACAGGCACGCAAACGAAGGCAGACAACGGCGCUGCAAACAUCUCAUCAGACAACGAUUGACAACUCAGAGACUUGGGGUUCUUCUUGGGACUUGAGUGUCAUUCGGGUGUUGCUGCACUGCAAGGUUUCUCACAGAAAGUGAGGACAUGGGCAUGGGGUUCAGACAGAUAGUGUUCAUGUGCUUCAUUCUUUUGCCUGUUGCCAUGAGCAAUAGGGCACAUUUUCCCAUGAGACAGCCAAAGGGAAAUGUGUGGGAAACUUUGGCAAAGGCAGCAGGUCUGGACAGCAUUUGUCUGACUCAUUCAAGGCCAGGGAAACCAUUCUCGACAUGUUUGGUAGGUGUGCCGGUGAAGGAAUGGCCGAUCCCAAAGAACAUCCCUCCAAAGGUUCUGAAAUCUUUUUCGGAUCCUAUGGAAGGAUGGCAUGUCUGGACACAGUUCCUUCCUGUGGCUCAUUUCGAACCCCAGGAAUUGGACAUCUUUGGGUCAACAAGAAUGAAAUUUUGCAUCAUAUUCAACCCAUCGGGAGUGACAGAGACAGAUAACCACACGAUAGAUGUCACUCCAAACCAGCUCUUUUACAGAAAUGCAUCAUCCUGGUGCAAUUACACCAAGAUGAUGAGCAAACUAUCCCUCCAGAAUCCAGCCGUUUUACCAAAAGGAAUUUUCUUGAUUUGUGGGGACAGAAUUUGGCCUGCUAUCCCUGCAAAAAUCAGGGGCGGUCCAUGCAGCAUUGGAGAACUCUCAUUGAUAAAACCCAAUUUGAAAACUUUGAGGGAACAGUCACACAGGAAAAUAAGAUCCAUUGAACAAUAUGGCCCAAAUUGUGAUGAUGAGGUUUAUACCUGGAACAAGGCUCGGAGAAUUGCAGUAGCAAUUUUCUCACCCCAAGCAGCAUCGGGGGUGGCCUUGACACAAUUGGACCACAUAGCGUGUUGGUUGAGCAAACACACUCGUGCCAUUUCCUCUGCACUGAGCGACAUGUUAACAGAUAUCGACAGUGCGAGACAAGCAACACUCCAGAACAGGGCGGCAAUUGAUUAUUUGCUGCUAUCACACGGACAUGGGUGUGAAGAAUUUGAGGGAAUGUGCUGCAUGAACUUGUCUGAUCAUUCGAAAUCUAUCCAUGAAAACAUAAAACAAAUGCAAAAUAGCAUCAACAAAUUGCAAAAGGUUACAGGAUCAUGGUGGGAUGACUUCAUCAACCUUUUUGGUCUCUCACCAUUGUGGAGGGAGCUUUUGAAGAUAGCAUUUUAUAUUCUUAUAGGGUUUCUAGUUCUCCUGCUUGUUCUGCCGUGCAUUUUUCUAUGCACUCGGCGGGUCAUGGACAAAGUGGCAAGACAGGUCUUCUUGGUGCAAACAGGAGGGGGAGAUGUCGGAACCCAAGGUGUCCCUCAGACACUCUUGGAUGUUCUGGGCCCAGGGCAGAAGCCUCUGAGACCCUGGCAGGCGGCCAGGGACCCCUGUGGUCUUGAGCUUGACCCAUGGAACAAUUUACCAACCUUACAGGAAGAACAAGAAAUCACAAAAGUUUAGAUAUUAUAGUAGAAGUAGUCACAAAGUGAAAGGUAGGAUUUUUGAGUGCUGUACAGGGGGGUUUUAGGCCUUGUACAGGGGGGUCUGAGUUUUGUACAUGGGGGUCAGAAGUUCUAAGAUGGAGGGAUUUGGGCGUGCCCUGUCCUCCUUCUUUCUUCUUCCUAUUCUCCAUGUUCUUGGUGGUGUUGGCACUCACAGAUUGGUUUAGAGUAGAAAGUCACUGUUCAACAUAGGUAGUAGGCAUUGGGGAAAAACUAUAAACACCUAAUACGUAAUGUGUGAUAUAAAAGAUGGCACCAGCCCCUCGGGGAGGGGAGACGGGGACAGCCAGAGACGGGGACAGACAGAGUCAGGGACAAUG